AUGAUCAUACCAGAUGAGGGGAGCCAACAAGCAAGCUUUGGAUCGUCGCUAAUUCUCUCUGCCACUCUUCUCAGUCUGAUCGUGGUCGCUGUCAAGUCCGCCUCGUGCUUCAAGCGCAAGGACGAGGAUGAAGUCCUAUCAACCGUCGAUUCGUUUACAAUAAGUCGAUGGAGCUGUCUGUGCAACUGGUGGGCCAGCUCUGAGCCGCUGCGGUGGAGCGAGGACGACAACAAAUUCACCACAGAUUCCGUCAAGUCCAUGGACAUCAAAAAAGAGAGCAAAAAGGUACGUGAUGGAAAAUCAUAUCUUCCGAAAGGUGUGGACGGCGUCGGUCCCUCGACGAAAAAGUUCCUCGAGCUCGGGCCCGAACAAAUGCUCCCUCAGGCGGACAGACGGCAGCUUGAAGAUAAUCGCCUCGUCAUGAAGGCGUAUUUGAUAUCAAAGCUGGUGGCUGCCCGGUACGACUUCACGGAUGGCGAAAUGACGUUCCAGGACCAGGCAGAAGAGAAACAGAUCAACGUGGAAGACUACAAGCUGCGGACGCAAAAUAUGUACAAUCUUCUUUACGCUGGGCAGAUUGCUGUUGAUACAAAGGCAACUCGUAAGCAACAGCGCACUGCUCUCAAGCGUCUGAAAAAGUCCAAUCUGAACAGCCGGCCGAACAAGAUCAAGGAACUCGCCAAGCAAAUGAAAGAAGAAGCGAACCGACCGCCCCCACCCGCCGUUGAUCGGCAAUCUUCGGGAAUCGGUUCUACCGGCGACAUUUCCAAAGCCGAGACGACUACGGUGGCGACAACGACGGCAGCGACUAAUGAUCAGUCGAGCUACAAUUCGAGUGGAUCAAAGAUUUCGCAGUUUUUGAGGAAACUCAAAUUCAAGAGCUCGAGGGACUCGGCUGUUGGAUCCAGUCUUGGAUCGGUCGAUCAGCUUGGCGCGGCUCCUGUUAAAACAGUUGAAAAAAAUACCAACUGGGCGACGGCGAAGAAACCCUCUCACAUCACCUUCGCUGGUGCGCAAUUUUAA